AUGGGUGGUCUCAAUCUCGAAGUCUUCAAGUUCGGCAUGUACCUCAUGUUCCCCAUCGGAAUCAUGUUCUACUUCGGCACCAACCUCGACCAGCGCUUUUCCGUCCCCGACUUCUGGCCCAAGCCCGAGAACGCCAACAAGGUCCCGUACGACCGCGACGAGAUUCACGAGGAGCUCGAGAGGCUGCGCGCCCGGAGACUUUAUUUGCGCGAGAAGAGGCUGGCGAGUGAGGCUCAGCAGCAGCAGCAGCAGAACAACGAUCAGGAGUAG